AUGUCUCAGGGAGAGUCGGACGUCCAGUCAGACGAGAGCGACUGUAAGAUGUGGAAGGACUUCAGUGAUGACGAGAAAUGUGACGACGGAGAGUCCAAUUACCUGGACAUGGUCCACCUGCACAACAAUCUGAUGCGCUUUGAAUACAUCUACCACAACAAUGCUUGGAUGGACUCAGUGGCGACGGAGGAAGAAGAUAAUGGGGAAAGCUUCGACUUUGACUAUUUGGCCGCAGAGAUUGCUCAAAUGCGAGCCGACAAUGAAAGAUUGCUUUCCGAGAUAGCUGAGAUCAGAGGACAAAUCAGCAGGCUCAUGGCAAGCUUUUCCUCCUCAUCUUCCUCCAGUUCUGAAGAAGCAAGGCCCAUCUCUUCCUCCAGUUCUGAAGAAGCAAGCCCCAUCUCUUCCUCCAGUUCUGAAGAAGCAAGCCCCAUCUCUUCCUCCAGUUCUGAAGAAGCAAACCCCACAUCUUCCACCAGUUCUGAAGACGUAAGCCCCAAAUCUUCCUCCAAUUCUGAAGAAGUAAGCCCCACAUCUUCCUCCAUUUCUGAAGAACUAAGCCCCACAUCUUCCUCCAGUUCCUCGUCAGACUCCGACGGCGCCUCCUCUCCAUCUUCCGACACAUAUCACUUGGUUGGAGCUGUCCACGAAUGGGAUGCUUGCCAGAUCAAUGAGGAGCUCGUCACCACAUCUUCCAGUUCCUCUUCGGACUCGGAUGAUAAGGAUUGA